AUGUAUUCAGUCAAGAAGUGGGAGGCCACAGCAGCUAGAGCUAGCCGCCAGCGCUUCGGAAAGCUCGGCACCUCGAGGUCUAGCGCGAGAGGUGAAAGCAGCCACGAGCGCUCGACUCCCCCAGGUCUGGGGGCGCCACCACCCGCUCCGGCGGCGCGCGUACGAUCGCCGCGGGAUAAAUGCGCGCUACUAUUUCGGUGGGGGCGGGGCCGCGCCGAGGGGCCGAGCGGCGCGGCUCAGUCGCGCGCCGGCCGCCGCAGCGUGAGCACGUUAGCACGCGCG